AUGAUUACCAAAUAUGAAAGACACAGUGAUAAGAUCGAUCAACAAACUGAUUUUCUCGAACUACUAACAAGAUUUAAAAAUAUUGUUGAAGAAAAUAUUAAAAAAUCCACGUAUGAUCCUGAUCGAAUUGUUGCAAUUUAUUUCUAUAUAGCAGAAAUACAACAGGGUUACGAAUUACUUCGAAAUGAUGGUCAAACGUUAGAAGAAAUAAAUCAGAUGAUAUCUGAAUUAAUUGAAACUGGAAAUAAAAAAUAUAUUUGUAUUUCAAUCAUCAGAGGUAUUGAAACAAAAAUACCAAAUAGAAUUUAUUUUGAUUCGACAAAUCCCAGAAAUCCCAAUGAUACAAAUAAGAGGUCAGAGAUCAUUCAAAAAUUUUAUGGUUAUUUUAUUGAAAAUAUAUCUUCUGUCAGAGAAUUAUUACAAAAUGUUUUUGACGAUGCUAAUUAUCGUUUAAAAUUAAAAAAUUUACAAUCAAAAUUAUUAUACACAGAACCAUUAUACAUUAAAGACUAUUUUGACAAGAUUAAAUCAAAGAUAAUCAAACAUCCAGGUUAUUCAACUGAAGUUUUAUUUGAAUAUCUUGCUGAAAAUAUCAUGUUACAUACAAGUAUUUCAAAUAAUGCUCGAGAUUAUUGCAAUCAUUUCAUCGAAUUGUUUGAAACAUCACUCAAGAAAAAAUCUAUGCAAUUAUUAUGCAAUUUAGUCUUUAAAUUGAACAAAGAUAAUUUUACACAAUUAUUGAAAAAAGUAAUCGAAAAACAACAUAGUCUUAUGACUUUAAUCAAAGCUAAAGUUGGAAAUCAAGAAAAUUCUAUGAAUAUAAUUAAAAAACUAGUUGAAAACAAAGAUAGUUCUAGGAAUUUAAUCAAGAAAAUAGAUGAAAAUAAAGAUAGUGUUAUGGAUUCAAUGAAAAAAAUAGUUAAAAACAAAGAUGCAGUUAUAAAUUUAAUGAAAGAAAUAGAUGACAACAAAUCAGUUCUGAAAUCUAUUUAUGACAAUGGAAUUGAAUUAUUUUUAAUUAAAUGUCCAAUCAUUACAAAUUCGAUUAACGGACAGCCCGUUAAAUCUUCAGAUGUUGCUGCGAUACAAGAUUUGGAGCAAUUGAACGAGAAAUUUAAAGAUCUAUUAUCAGAACUUUCGUCAGAAAAAUCUAUUUUAAAUCAAUUGCAAAAUUCAAUAAUUGAUGAAAAUAAUUCUAUGGGUACUCACCAAAUCUUAGGUGAAAUAUAUUCUUUACGAAUAAAAUGUCUCGAUUUUUCUGAUGAUAUUGUGAAUGUUAAAUAUUGUUUUAAUCAUUACUUUUUCAAAUCUUUGAAAUAUCAGAACUUAGAUGAUUUAAAAAAUUUUACUCAAUUUAAUCGUCUUUUAUUCUAUAUUCAUAUAUGUAAUGAUGAUGAUGAUGAUGAUACAUUAAAUUAUACAGAAGACACCCAUCAAAGUCAACUUUUCGAAUUGAAAACAGUUUUUGGAAAAGUUGAAGAUGCUGGUAAUGGUACAAAUAUCGAUGAUAUUGUUGAAAUCUUCAAAAUUUUGAUUCAUAUUCGAUCAUUAAUAUUUCGUUUGAGAUGUGCUAUAUCAAUUCUAACUGAUUUAAACAAUGAUAAUAAAAUUCACGUCAAAGGAACCGUUUAA